AAUGGUUAAUAUUUUACAACGAUCGUUAACCAACUUUUUCCUGAGAUACAUCAUCAUCAUCAUCAAUAUCACACAAAGUAUAUAUAACAUAUGAACACAAUGAUCACUCGCCCAUGUCGUGACACACACAAAUAAUGAUUCAACUCUUAACAACAAUUCUGCUCUUCAUCAUUUUAUACAUCUUUUAUAAUGUUUACCGAAGCCAAAUAUCCGGAUCAACAAGCAAAAUCAACCUGCCCCCGGGAAGCUUCGGGUGGCCGUUCAUAGGCGAAUCUCUAGCGCUACUACGCGCAGGCUGGGACGGAGUCCCGGAGAGGUUCGUCCAUGAACGGAUAGAGAAACACGGAAGUCCUCUAGUGUUUAAGACGUCGUUGCUUGGCGACCACGUGGCGGUUUUGUGUGGGCCUGCUGGUAACAAGUUUUUAUUUGGGAACGAGAACAAGCUAGUGGCUGCGUGGUGGCCGUUGCCGGUGAGGAAGCUGUUUGGGAGGUGCUUGAUUACGAUACGUGGUGAUGAAGCUAAAUGGAUGAGGAAGAUGUUGUUAUCAUAUCUUGGUCCUGAUGCCUUUGCCAGUCACUAUGCUGCUACUAUGGAUGUUGUCACACGACGGCAUAUUGAACUUCAUUGGCGAGGCAUGGAAGAGGUGAACGUGUACCAAACUGUUAAAGUAUACGCCUUUGAGCUUGCCUGUAGGUUAUUUUUGAGCCUUGAGGACCCAAACCAUAUUGCCAAACUCGGUUUGUUAUUCAACAUCUUCUUGAAAGGGAUCGUUGAGCUACCUAUUGACAUCCCAGGCACACGAUUUUACAGCUCGAAAAGAGCAGCUGCGGCUAUUAGGACCGAACUCACGACGGUUAUCAAAGCAAGAAGGGUGGAACUCGAAGAAGGGAAGGCAUCAUCUUCACAAGACCUCUUAUCGCAUAUGCUUUCUUCUUCAGAUGAAAACGGUAAGUACUUAACCGAGAUGGAGAUUGCGAACAACAUUUUGUUGCUACUCUUUGCUGGUCAUGACACCUCCACUGUUACGAUCACGUUGGUUAUGAAGGGACUCAGUGAACACCCUAGUGUUUAUGACAAGGUGUUGAAAGAGCAACUAGAGAUUUCUAAGGCGAAAGAAGUAGGUGAAUUACUGAAAUGGGAGGACAUACAGAAGAUGAGAUACACGUGGACUGUUGUAUGUGAAUUCAUGAGACAAAACCCACCUGUCACGGGAGCCUUUAGAGAGGCCCUAGUUGAUAUUGAGUAUGCAGGUUAUACCAUUCCUAAAGGAUGGAAGCUAUACUGGAGUGCUUCAUUGGCACAUAAAGAUGAGGCCAACUUUGAAGAUGUGACCAGGUUUGAUCCAUCAAGGUUUGAAGGGGCAGGACCAGCUCCAUUCACAUAUGUUCCAUUUGGAGGGGGGCCUAGGAUGUGUUUAGGAAAAGAAUUUUCCCGAUUGGAAGUACUUGCAUUCCUUCACAACAUAGUCACCUCAUUCAGAUGGGAUUUGUUGAUACCCGAUGAGAAAAUCGAGUACGAUCCCAUGGCUACACCUGCAAACGGGCUUCCGAUUCGGCUGUAUCCUCAUAAACCGAUCUAUGGUAAAUUGUAAUCAAUCUCCCAAUACUCGAGUAACCAUGGAACUUUGAUCGAAAAUGAUCAUAUAUAGUAGCUUUUUUUUACUUAUUUCGGUUAGAACUUGGUAUGUAUAAACCCACGCCAACACCAUGCUAGCUAGAUGGGUCGGGUAAUUAGGUGUUAUUAUAUGGGUUUGGUUUGCAUGUCGUAAAAACUACAAGUAUGUUUAUCUACA